GACUUAGGCAACAGCGACGCAUUGAACCCAAACAAGAGAAGAAAAGACCGACCAUGCUUACCAAGCCCGUGCGAGUACUGAGCGAGCGCAUCAUGAGCCGCGGCUUCGAGCCCACCGUCGUGCGCCUAAUGGAGAACGUGCAAAAGGUCGUGCGAUCGCAGCCAGGUCUGCUCUCACUGGAGACUUUGCGCGACGUGAACGACCACCAUAAAUAUGUGAUGCUAUCGGAGUGGCGCUCGAUAAAGGACUACGAGGCUUGGACGACGAGUGAGGCGCACAAUCGAUGCACAGAGCAGAUCAACGAAGUGCUGGAUGUUCCUGGCAAGCGAACGACUAUCUACAAACAACCAGAGGACGAUAUUUUCCUACUCUAAGGAGAGAUGGUGGAGUGUGUUUUAGUCGAUAAAUAAGCCAGAGAAACGGCUAGUGCGCUGCAGUGGAAAGGAGGGGAAUAACCUUACGCGCGAUUCUGAUUCAAAAGUAUAAUGACAAAAUAUGCGUAUCUUGACUACAUA